AUGGGCACUUACGUGGGCAAGCUGGGACUCUCGCCGUCAUCCCCAGCAGAGGGGCGCACAGACUUGUCGGAGAGGCCCUUGAACGGCCGGCCAGCUCAGCCCCUUCAUCAGGUCCCCCGGGUUCAGCACGUCCAUCGUGCCCACCCUGCCCCUCGGCACAGACCUGCGAGGAGGCCGCCGAACGGGGAUCCUACCAGUCCCAACGCGUGGGUGGUCAACGAGGCUUGGAGGCGCUUUCCCAUGAACAGGUCCCGGAGCUCCAUCAUGGGGCCUCUUCCCUCAGACGGGUGGGAAAGUUACUUCAAGCGGAGUAUCUGGUCUCUUCGGCACCCCAGGGCAAUCUGGAGCCCGGUGACCAUCAGGCUCGCUCCUCGUGAGCGGACAGCGCCCCCCUCCACUGCCGCAGCAGAGGAAACGAACUCUGCAGGGUUCUCACCUUCUGAGAAGCCCCCAGACCCAUGUGCGAAGGAGACAGUGCUGAGGGCCCUCAGAGAGUGCAAGAAGGGGAAAGUGAGGUGGGAAGAACGACUGUUCCAUGAGAGCUUGGACAGUAGGAGAAGGAUUCCAGAGACCAGACCAUCUGCGUUUAAGCCUCUGACGAAAAAUGGAGUCCUCACUUCUUUUGUGCCCAGGCCUGGGCCUCUGCAGAGAAGCCUCGACUGCUGGGGCUCGGAUCACAGCUUGAAUAACAGGCCCAGCUGCUCCUCCAUGGACUCCUUGGCCAGCACACACACAGGUGGCCCCCUUAGCUCCCAAAGAAAUGCUAUUACAAGCUCUUACAGCUCUUCUAGAGAUUUCUCUGAGCCUUGGAAGAGAAGUAUUCCCAGUACAUCACUCCAGAUACCAGAGUGGCCAAUAACAAGGAAAGAACAUGGCCAUCCGUCUCACUCUCCAGUCCCACCGGUAUCAGACGAGUCCCGAGAAACAUCUGGCAGCUCUGGGCAGCAAAAUCAGAUUCCCCUGCUUCUAUCAAGCCCUGGCAGCCUGCUGUCCCUGACUCCACCUCCUCAGCUUGGUUAUGCAGUUCCUGAAGACCUGGCCUUAGGGAAGAAAGCUGGACUCCAACGGAGCAACAAAGCCAGAGAGGAUACGACUGAGGUCACCACAGACUCUGUCCCUGACACUUGGUCUGCUCUUCAGCCUUCCCUGUCCCAGGGCGCUGAUCCUCCGCUGGAAAGCUUACAUAAAAUGCAGAAGUCUCCAAGUCCACUGGCCUUCCCACAACCUACCGGAGAGGCAAUCAGUGUGGCCCACUCGCCUCUGAAGACAGCGAGCCUGCUGGCCCCACGUGGGUGCUCACAGUCAGAGCCCCUUUCAGGCACCUCUUCAGACUCAAAACCCACAACUACUUUCAUCCUUCUGACCCUUGUUCCCACAUCACCAGUCACUGACACCACGUGGCCACCUUCAACGUCUCAGGCUGCCAUACCCCGAGACUCACCUGCCAUUAUCCCAGCAGCACCCACUAUGCAAAGCACUUUGUUUGGAUUGAUGAGCAGCCCAGGUCCCCAUCUUUCUGCAUCUACACCUCCUGUUGCAACUUCUGCUGAACGCUUGUCAAAACGCAUUUUGGGGCUCCCAGCCAAUAGUGAGAUAGGAGGCUCC